UGCGCCUUGGCCCGCGGCGCGGCCGUCAGGCACUGCGGCGGGCGCCUCGAGGGCUAGUAGGACCCCGGCCCCAAGAUGGCGGCGCCCAGCGAGGCGGCCGCGGCUUCCUCCUGCCCGGGCGAUGGCGGUGGCGGGGGCUUCGGGUCCUGGCUGGAUGGGCGUUUGGAGGCGCUGGGAGUGGACCGAGCCGUGUAUGGCGCCUACAUCCUCGGCGUCCUGCAAGAGGAGGAGGAGGAGGAAAAGCUGGACGCUCUGCAGUGCAUCCUCUGUGCUUUCCUGGAAGAAGACUCCCUCCUUACCAUCUGCAAAGAGAUUGUGGGACGGUGGUCGGAAUCUCAGAAUGUUGUUCCCAAAGUGAAGAAAGAAGACGAGGUCCAGGCCAUCGCCACACUGAUUGAGAAGCAGGCACAGAUCGUGGUGAAACCUCGGGUGGUGUCAGAGGAGCAGCGGCAGAGGAAGGCCGCCCUGCUGGCACAGUAUGCUGAUGUGACCGAUGAGGAGGAUGAACCAGACGAGAAUGACGAUUCCGGCGCUGGGGUAAAUGCCGGUUCUGACAAAUCUCUGUUCCGAAACACCAACGUGGAAGAUGUCCUCAGUGCUCGGAAACUGGAGCGGGACUCACUUCGGGAUGAGUCCCAGAGGAAGAAGGAACAGGACAAGCUACAGAGGGAGAGGGACAGACUAGCCAAGCAGGAACGCAAGGAAAAGGAGAGGAAAAGGACACAGAGAGGGGAGCGGAAGCGGUAACCCCGGGUGGCUCUGCUCUCCCCCGGCAGACCUCAAGCCGUGCUGGGUGUAAGAGGACUGAGCACCUCGGCGAAGGGUUUCUGCUUUUGUUUACAUGGUUAAAAGGAAAAUCACAAUCAUCCUGUUACAAUAGGUGUGUGUUUGGUGGUGUGGGCAGUCACGUUACAGUCGAUACUCUCUACCAAAGACCUGGAAGGGGGCAGCCUUUAUAUUUUAAUACCCAAGUCCCAGGCUCUUUAGCUCCUUUUUAAAAAAAAAUCUUCCAUGGAUAAAGAGCAGGAUUCAGGAAGCUUAGUCAGGUUUGUCCUGAAGGAGCGAAGCCAGGACCCCUGCUCGGUGGUGCGCAGUGGAGCACAGGCUGCUCUGGAGGUGAUGUUUACCCCAAAUGUAGCGGUCUCCGGCUAAGCUGGAAAGCCCUGCUGAAUCCAGAGUUGAUAGUGUAUGCCAGCAAACUAGAAAGAGGGCAGACUAUUUGGUGAGGGAAUGUUGUAGAUUUGAGAAUGUUUUUAAAGAAAGUUUCAGCUUACAGGAGAAAAAAGUCUUUAAGUAGAGAUAGUUACGCAUUUUUCCUCACCUAGGCAGUGACUUUAAGAAGGAAGAGUUGGUAUUGUGUGCAAGGAUAUCCUUGUUAGCUAGAUUUAACUUUUUAUAAUUGUGAAUCUCCCUGAGUAACAGUAGAUUUUAAUCCUGAUUUGCCCUAAAUCAUGACUGAUAUGACUGCUAGUUCCUGGUUUAGGGAAACUGGAGGAAUUACCCUUGUAGGAAAAAUGCUGGAACCCUGGUGACACAGAUUCUUAGGACAGCACUGGUCAGUGCCAAAUGAACUCAUCCAGUGGGCAACUGAGGGGUGAGGCCUGGAAGUCAGAGGUUGCAGGGCUCUUCCUGCAGGUCACAGUCACAGCCACAUCUGCUGCAGGCUAGGCCCUUCCCUUGCUGGCUCCGGCAGAGCCACCAGGGCUCAGCAGACCACCACUCAGGAGCUGGUCUGCCCACCUGGCUUUUUGGGCAUGGUGCAAACUAAAAUAGUUUUUACAUUUUUAAAGAUUAUAAAGGAAACUAGGUGCGUCACAGGUUUGAGCCUAGCCUGGGAAACUUGGUGAUUUAGCGAGCCCCUGUCUCAAAAUUUAAAGGACUGGGCAUGUAGCUCAGUGCAAAGGCCCUAGGUUCAAUCCCUAGUACCGCAGGAAAAAAGAAAAGAAAAAGCAUGAUAGACCACAGGUGGCCUGUGAAACCUAAAAUAUUUACUAUCUAGCUCUUGAAGAAAGUUUGCUGAGCUGUUUUAUAUCACUGCAAGAUUAACAAGAUCUUUUACCUUUUGCAGAAGGUUUUUUAAAAAAGGCAUGAAUAAAGAAAAGGAGAUAUGUUGCCUCUUCACAGUCCUAUAACCAUGGCAUUGCAAAAAUAAUUACCUUUUUAAAAAAAUAAACUUUAUUUAAAUCAUG